AUCGUCUUUACUGACCGGGAUCUCCCUCCUACCGGUGAAGAUCACAAUGAUCCAUUGGUCAUCACCAUGGACAUUAAUGGGGUGGAUGUCGCCCGGGUACUUGUUGACACCGGCAGCAGUGUCAACAUCUUAUACCUGGAGACCUUCCAAAAACUCAGGUUGUGUCGAACACAACUUGAACCCCUCAAAACCCCUCUCUCAGGCUUCACGGGGGACACCGUUGAAGCUAAAGGAUCCAUAGUUCUACCGGUCGAACUAGGAUCAGGUGAAAAGACCGUGUGGAAGAAGAUGCGGUUCAUAGUUGUGGACAUCAAAUGCGUCCACAACGCAAUUCUUGGAAGGCCAGGCAUCAAUAGAGUCGGGGCGGUGAUUUCCAUGCCUCAUCUAUGCAUGAAGUUCCACACUCCAGGUGGUGUGGAUGAGGUGAAGGGCGACCAGAGGAACGCCCGGGAGUGCUAUGCCCGGGCACUCAAGAAAAUGACCAAGGGGGUCAAUGUCAUCUCCCAAGAGAUCACAAAGGGAGAGACCCGGGGGAAAUUGGAGCCCGAGGCUGAGACGGUGGAAAUCGAACUUCACCCGGGUGAUUCUUCGAGGAUGGUAUCUCUGAACCACCCGGCUGAUAUGCGAGCCACGUUCGAUAUCAUGGCAAGAUACAACCACCGGCUGAAUCCUAAGAAAUGCGUCUUCGCGGUUCGUACCGGGAAGUUCUUGGGAUUCAUGGUGACCAAGAGAGGAAUAGAGCCCAAUCCAGAAAAAAUCCGGGCUAUCACUGAAAUGCAAGCCCCUACCUCCGUUAGGGAUGUUCAAAAGUUGACCGGUCGUUUAGCGGCCCUCAGCCGGUUCCUUUCCCGGUCAGCUGAGAGAUCCCUGCCCUUCUUCAAAGUUCUGAAGAAGGCCAACACGUUUGCAUGGGACGAAGAAUGCCGGAGGGCAUUCGAGGAGCUGAAAGAGUACCUAGCGUCGGAUAUUGUAUUGUCUAAACCCGAACCGGGUGAAACUCUGUAUCUGUACCUGGAAAUUUCCCCAAAUGCUGUAAGCUCCGUUUUAAUAAGAGAUGCUGGGGCGCAGAAGCCCAUUUAUUAUGUGAGCAAAGCACUAAACGGGGCUGAGAGUAGAUAUACGGCGAUGGAAAAGACAGCCUAUGCGCUUUUCAUCUCCGCAAAAAAGUUAACAUCCUACUUCCAAGCUCACCCGGUAGAAGUUUUGACUGACCAACCGCUGGGUGCAGUGUUGCGAAAUUCAACAUCCUCCGGGAGGAUGGUGAAGUGGGCGAUGAUGUUAACUCAAUUCAACAUUGAGUACCGGCCAAGGUCAGCAAUUAAGGGCCAGGCCCUUGCUGACUUCCUAGUAGAAAUGACCGGUCUAACUCCAGACUUACCGGUCAACAAGCCCACUGAGCAAUGGUGGGAGAUGGCAGUUGACGGGGCAUCCGGUCCUAGAGGAUACGGGGGUGAAUAUGAAGCUCUGGCUGGAGGGCUCAGACUUGCCCAAGCCCUGAAAAUCAGCCGGGUCAGUAUCAAAUCUGACUCUAGCCUGAUCGUUGGGCAAGUGACCGGUAACAUGGAAGCAAGGGAAGGACGCAUGGCACAAUACAAGGACCUUGUACUUGCCCUGUUGAAAGGCUUCGAAGAGUUCAAGAUCGCCCAAAUUCCCCGGGCGGAAAACGCGGAUGCAGACCUUCUCUCCAAAUUGACGCAGAGGGCUCAUGGGGAAACUCCAUUCUCCCUAACCUAUGGGUGUGAAGCAAGGCUGCCCAUCGAAGCUGAAUUCCCCACGUUUCGGGAGUCAAAUUAUCAACCCCAUCAGAAUGAGGAAGAUCACUUGGCCGAACUCAACUUGGUCGAAGAGCGGAGAAUGGCCGCGGAAGUUAAAAUGAGUACAUACCAACAAGUUGUGAAGAAGUACCAUGACAACAAGGUUGGGCCGCGGUACUUCCAAGUUGGGGAUUAGUCCUACGAAGAAGACAAGCAAGUAGACCCGGCGAUGGAGGAAAGCUGGCAAAAAACUGGGAAGGCCCAUACAGGGUUAGAGCCAUCAUUCGACCAGGAACGUAUCGGUUAGAAACUUUAGAUGGUGUACCCGUAGAAAGAACUUGGAAUUCCCACCAUCUUCGCAAGUUCUACAAAUGAUUGUAAUACUAGACGAGGCCUAACUACAUUAUCAAUCAAAGUGAUGUUCAAUA